UUAUAUUAUUAUUUCCCUUAUUCUUUUCCUUCUUCAAGACAGACAACUCAUUCAACAUUUUCACUGUCUAUUCAUAACUAUAUUCACAUAUUCACUAUAAAAAUACCCGCUUAAUUCUAUCAUGUGCACCUGACUGUCCUGACAAGCUCCUGCAGCUGCGUUGCGCCUUUUGUCCGAGGAGGUGGUGAGAAGAAAGACGGUGACUCAAAAGAUCCCGCGCCUGGUCCGACUAGAAUUUAAGACGCCACCUAGACGCGGAGGAAACGCGGGGUUCUGGCUUGUUAUCCUGAAGAAACCAAUUCGCUUUCUUUGGAACCCGCCAGAACAUUUAUCCCCAGCCAGAGCAACAGCGCAGAAGGCCUCCUCGAUCAUCCCCUCGAUCAUCCCCAAAUCAUCCCAUACAGCGAUUCUCCUUUCACACUUCAGGAUGCCAGAAGAACAGGGACGCCCAAUCCCUCCCAAGGCGACGUCAAUCCGGGAUACAGUUCCCCAUGCGUCAUCUUCAUGGACUGGCACCCCCCGCGUCGAGGAACUCUUGGCCCGUGACCUGGCCACCUGCUCCUCCUCCUCGGACGACGACAACGACGACGACGACCAUGGAAAUGACUCCCGUUCCGAAGCCUCCAUCGACCGGCCCCAUCCAAUUAUGUACCGUCGCCCUAGCGGUGUGGCCUACGGAACCUCCCGUCCCGUCAUGAGCUCGGUGGCCUCACCCGACGAGGAAGCCCCCUUUCUCACCCCGAUCGAGCGGAAACGGAGCCGUAGUGCCGAGUGCAGCCUCCUCAGGGACAGCCAGGUCAUCCCGCCCAAGCAUCACCGACAUCUUCGGUCGGAAGAAUCGUCCUCGUCAUGGCUUGCCAGGGUAUCCCGCCGUCUGUUUGGUUCUCGGACCAGAGAGCAACAACACCACGGCGAUGAGGAGGAGGACGCUUCUUUCCCGCCCCAGCCGCCGCCACAGAUCACGGUGCAGAGCCCGGAUGACGAAUCGACGCCUCUUCUCGGGGGUAAUGGCUCUCCUGAAGGAGGCGGUCGUGAUGAUAAUGGAGACAUCGACGACCAGUGGCAAGCCGCCCUCGCCUCCGGCACCCUCCGCACCACGUGGCAGCGCGAGACCAAGACCAUCGUCUCGUACGCGCUCCCGCUGGUGGUCACCUUCCUGCUGCAGUACUCCAUCAACGUGGCCUCCGUCUUCGCCGCCGGCCGCAUCGGCACCCUCGAGCUCGGCGCCGUCAGCCUGGCCACCAUGUCGGCCGCCAUCACCUGCUACGCGCCCUUCCAGGGACUCGCCACCUCCCUCGACACCCUGUGCGCCCAGGCCUACGGCUCCGGCCACCGCCACCUAGUCGGCCUGCAGCUGCAGCGCAUGACCUGCUUCCUCCUCCUCUGCUUCCUCCCCGUCGCCGUCCUCUGGUACCACGCCGAGCCCGUCCUCAACCUCAUCAUCCCCGAGCCCGAGACCGCCCGCCUGGCCGGCCGCUACCUCCGCGUCCUCAUCUUCUCCGGCCCGGCCUUCCUCUGCUUCGAGGCCGGCAAGCGCUUCGUCCAGGCCCAGGGCCUCUUCCGCGCCACCACCUGCGUCCUCCUCGUGGCCGCCCCCUUCAACGUCUUCGCCACCUGGCUCUUCGUCUUCCGCCUCGACUACGGCUUCAUCGGCGCCCCCGUCGCCUCCGCCCUGUCCCAGAACCUCCUCCCCGUCCUCCUCUUCCUCUACGUCCGCUUCGUCGACGGCCGCCAGUGCUGGGGCGGUUUCAGCCGCCGCGCCUUCUCCAACUGGGGCGUCAUGCUGCGCCUGGCCCUGCCCGGCAUGGUCAUGCUGCAGGCCGAGUACAUGGCCUUCGAGGUCCUGACCCUCGCCUCCAGCCGCUUCGGCCCCACCUACCUCGCCGCCCAGAGCGUCGUCGCCACCAUCGCCUCCGUCACCUACCAGUUCCCCUUCCCCGUCUCCAUCGCCGCCUCCACCCGCAUCGCCAACCUCAUCGGCGCCGGUCUCGUCGACGCCGCCCGGACCACCGGCCGCGUCACCAUUGUUGUGGUUGCCGUCGUCGGCCUCAUCAACAUGACCCUCUACAGCACCCUCCGCUACCACAUCCCUCUCCUCUUCACCCGGGACCCGGCCGUCGUCGCGAUCCUGGCCGACACCCUGCCCCUCAUCGGCCUCAUGCAGGUCUUUGACGCCCUCUGCGCCGGCGCCCACGCCCUGCUGCGGGGUAUCGGCCGCCCUGCCGUGGGUGGUUACGCCAAUCUCUUCGGCUACUAUGGCGUUGCCUUGCCCAUUUCCUUCGGUACCGCUUUUGGGCUUGGGUGGAAGCUGGAAGGCUUGUGGUUCGGCGUCACUAUCGGUCUUGCUGUGGUCGCCACUGUUGAGUACACAUUCGCAUAUUUAACAAACUGGCACGAUGCAGCUCGGGAUGCAGAGUCCCGAAACGCGGCCGGCUAAACAAAAAAAUGAUCAAAGCAUCGAUGUAUGAUUGACGACAUUUCACACAUCUCGGUCGGAGGAACAGGUCCUUGAUCAAGAUUCUUGUUUCAAAAUGAACGAGUUGAACACGGACAGACGAGACAUGUCUCAUGGAUUAUAUACACUAGUAUUAUUAAAUAGACUAUAGCAUAGCCAUUUGCCCGUUGAGCGUGUGGCAGAACAGGACAAACGUACUUGUAAGUUGUGCUUGGUUGAUAUACCAAGUCAGGACUCAGAACUUUAUCGCUCUGG